UUGUUAAUCAGUUUUUAUUAUAAGUUUGCUUCGGUGAAAUGUCGGACCUACGUCAAGCCUCUCGGGAGUUCCUGUUAGAGUUCAUUGAAUUGUACCGAAACUCUACAUGCUUGUGGCAAACCAAAAGCAAGGAUUAUUCUGACAGAAACAAGAAGGACUUAGCCUACGCCGAGUUAGUGAAAAAAUAUCAAGAGAUCGACCCAAAAGCAGACAGAUCUACAGUUGUCAAAAAAAUCAACUCAUUUAGAACAGUAUAUAAAAGGGAACAAAACAAAAUAAACAACUCCCUGAAAUCCGGAGCAGGUAGUGAUGAAGUUUAUAAACCAAAUCUGUGGUAUUUCGAACAUCUCCAUUUCUUGAAUGACGUCGAACCAGCCGAUGCAGCAGUUGAAGAAGAGACGACCCUCACCGAAGAUACCUCUGAACAGCCAGACAUGUCACCGAUGAACGUCCCUCAAACAUCAAGAGCUCCGUUUUCCCGCCCAACCAAGCGCAAAUUAAAUCCGUUUGAGAAAGCCAGCCUCGAAACAAUGCAAAAGGUGGGGGAAAAAAUUAGCUUCUACAAGGCCGAUGAUUGUUUUGAUCGUUUCGGUAAACAUGUGGCUGACAGACUGCGGGACGCAAAACCCCAUCAACAGAAAAUUGCACAAAAACUAAUUUCUGAUGUAUUGUUUGAAGCAGACAUGGAGUCUUUAACCAGGUUUUAGAAAGUAACUGGUCCUGAGGUAGAACCGUAUCAAUACAGUGGCUUCCCUCAGUUUAUGCACUACCGUCAAGAUAAUAACCACCAAAACGUUCAAAAUUUCAAUGUAGCACCACAAUCAACCUCGCCUUUCACUCCUGAACAAACGAUUUCACCAGGACAGUCGAGCUACACCAGUGAAAACAGUGUCAAAGAUUAUGUUAACUCAUUCAAUCCUAACACAAAUUAAGCAAGGGAUUUUUUCCAUUUUACUAAAUGUUUAAUCAUUUCAUGAUUGAGUUUCUUUUCUCUUUAAUAUAAUGUUCAAACUACAAUGAAACAUGUUUACUUUUUUAAUAUUGUAGUGACAAUUUUUUACUG